AUAACUGUAAAAUUACUAGAACUAGUCAUUGGAUUCAGCAAAGCUGAGCCUUCUAGACUGAAUCUACUUAAAGCUUAUUGAUAGUUUAACAGCUUAGUUCCAUGUAUGUCUGGAUUGGGAAGGCAAGCAACAUAAUACCCUGUUUUUGAGCAAUUGCUUCAUACAAAAACAAUCAAUUGCCGAAUCCCAUUAGGUGGGGGUUGGUUUGUCCAGAAUUCAUGAUAAGAAGUUUUGACGGAUUAUGAUGCUUGCUGGUCACAGGCAUAUGAAAUCGAUCAAGUAAUAAAGUACCAGUCAAUAUUAUUUAUCAAAAUUUUAUUAAUCUUAUUAUUAUUUAAAUUAUUUUGAAAAGUUAUAAUUCAAAUAAAAUAAUUUAAUUUUAACAGAUCAAAGAGUAAUUAAAAAAUUAAUAUUAAUUUAUCACUGAAAUAUUUGGAAUUUACUUAAAUUAAUCCUAUUUAAUGGGUAAAUCACACCAAAACUUACCCAUUUUUCUCUUAAAACGAAACAAUGGCCCUAUGUGCUUCUUGGGUUAACCUUAUGUUAAAGCCCUUUCUUUUAUUGCGAUUGCCAAACACCGAUCUGAAAUAGCGGAACGGCCAUGUCUUCUACAGUAUGCAGCCGGCUUCACGGUCUCUUUACCGUCCGGAAAACCACCGCCACUCUAUCCAAAUCUCCCAAACCCACCACUGCCACCGCCGCCGCAGCAGCAGCUACCGCUCCGAGCCCACCGCCGUCCGAUUCGUCGGAAUCACCAUCCGAGUACCGAAAACUCAGAGCCCUCGUAAAAAAAUUCAAGAAAGACUGCGACUCCAGCCGCUUUCGCCGUCUUUCCGGCUACGGAGCCUAUGAAAUCAUUGUUAGGCGCCUCUCUGCCGCGCAGAAAUUCUCGUACAUUGAGGAUAUCCUUGAGCACCAAAAGCGGUACAAAGACAUCACCAAUGAAGGCUUCUCCAUUCGUCUCAUUUCUUUGUAUGGGAAGGCUGGCAUGUUCGACCAUGCCCGCAAGUUGUUCGACGAAUUGCCCCAACUGAACUGUGAGCGCACUGUCAGAUCAUUCAAUGCCCUCCUCUCUGCUUGCGUGAAAGCGAAGAAAUUUGACAAAGUUGGGGAGCUUUUGAGCGAGUUACCAGAGAAACUGUGUAUUCAGCUCGACAGGGUCUCAUACAAUACGGUUAUUAAAUCGUUUUGUGAAUUGGGUGCUUUUGAUUCUGCUUUAUCAGUGAUCGAUGAGAUGGAGAAGAACGGAUUGGAGCCUGAUGUAAUAACCUUCAAUAUCCUUUUAGGUGCUUUUCAUCGGAAUAACAAGUUUGCUGAUGCAGAUAAGCUGUGGACAUUGAUGGAAGACAAGAAAAUUGUUCCUAAUGUGAGAACUUACAAUCCAAAGCUGCGAGCACUGGUUGCUGUUAAUCGAAUUUCAGAAGCAGUUGAGCUGAUUGAAGAAAUGAGGAGUAAGGGAUCCUAUCCUGAUGUAUUUUCCUACAAUGCAGUGAUCAAAGGAUUUGUUGAUAGUCAGGAUUUGGAGGAAGCCAAGAGGUGGUACACGGAAAUGGCGAAAGAUGGUUGUGAACUAGAUAUUGCAACAGUUUCUAUGCUUGGUUAUUUUGUUUGUAAAAUGGGUGAUUUUGAUUUUGCUCUCGAGUUGUGCAAAGAGGCUAUCAGUGGAGGCUGUAUUCCUUACAAGACGAUGAUGCAACUUGUUGUGGAUGGAUUGAUUAAAGAGUCCAAGAUAGAAGAUGCAAAGGAGCUUGUGGAGCUUGGCAAUCUUCAAAUACCCAUGGAGAAGUAGUGUAGUCAUUUUUCUUGUGACUUAACCAUGGAAGUUAUGUUUUUGCUCUACCAUUGGAGAAGUAGUCUUGGCAUUUUUCUUGUGCCUUAACUAUACAAGUAUAUGUUUUUGGGUGAUUAUAUUUGAGCAGACGACCCACUUACUCGAUUAAGAUUUACAUUUCGCGCUUACUGGUAUGAAUCGAUUUUCACCUAGAGCAUCAAUAUAAUUACUGUCAAUGAACUAGGAAGGGAGCAUAUUUACUCAGCAAUCUAACAAAGUUGCUCUUCAUUGCUUCUUUUCAUUAUAUAGCAUUGCUCACCAUGCUGCUGGUACACUCUAAAGGGAAAAAAGUUGCAGGUUCUAAUUAGUAAUUAAUGUAGGCUCGUAUUUUUCCUGGAUCCUUAGAAGGAAACACUGCCAGAGAGUAUUGACUUCAUGUGAUCUUCAAGGAUUGGAAGCCUUUGAUUGUCAUCGUAG